AUGGCGCAAACACAAACCCCAACCUUUAUCAACCUUCCUCCUCCGGGCUCUAGGCCAGAGACCCCAUCAGAGAUGCCCGGCACUCCUACGAGCACCACUACCUCUCUUUCCGCGCUAUCUACCACUGCGAUCAAGGAUGGCCAUCGUGGCCACUUCCCCCAGGGCCACUUCAGUCGCGGCCAUCAACACAACCCUUCUACUCAAAGCCUCGAGGCUGAGCGUGCCGACCGUAUCUCGCGCCUUGCUGGUCUGGAGCGGGUUUCGACUCUCCGAGCACCUCCCCAGGCGAGCGCUCCUGGGGCUUCGUCAGCGUCACCACAGACCACUCCUACUUCAACGACUGGAUUCCCACCAAACUAUCCUUCCUCGCAGCACCUCACGCCUGCCUACUUUGAUAGCAAUGGUCAACCUAUGGCCAUCACCAAAAUGAGUACCGUGGGAACAGCGAGCGCAACCGAGAGUCAUGUGGGUGAUAAUGACGAUGCGCGUACUGCUGCUGGAGAUCGAGAUGAGGAUAUGUUUAGCACAGACACCAACUACCGUGAAGCCGGGUCAGUAACAAGCAUGGGCGGUUAUCCGGAUGCUAUGGAUGAGGAUCUUGAUGGUGCCACCGCUCGCUCUGUUGGUGGUUAUGACGAUCGUAUGAGCGAUGAUGGCUCCGCUUCGCUCGUGGGCUUUGGUGAGGGUGCAGGAAGCACCGUAUCCGGACCUAUCUAUCAUCGUCGAGCGGCGCCCCAAGCUUGGGGUCUGGAGAGAACCAAUUCGGGGCUUAGCGACAUUAGACGUGAUCGUGAGACCCAUGUCGGUGGUGACACUCCUGUGAGUGCCUCUGCUCUACAGGAACGCCGUGAUGCCCGCAUGAUGGAUGGUGUUGCAAUGGACCCGAACCCAGGGCAAGCGACUGAGAACGACUCGUUUGUUGACACAACCUCCCGUGGCCCAGUCUCUGCGUCACAAUCCCAGGCGCAAACUGCUGCUGCUCAAGAGGCAGCGGAGAGAAUUGUGCAGAGGUUGGACAGGGGUGAGACAAGGGCUCCUGCAUCCGGUCUUGUAGGACCUGGACGAGGCGAUGAGCCGCUGGGCAAGUUCUAUUUUGAGGGCGAAAAGCGCGAAGACUAA